AUGAUGCCCCGUCUGACCUGCAACUUUUCCAACGUCCAGUACAAGAACAUGAAGUUCUUGAUCAUGGACUGCCCCACUGAGCGCAACGCCAACCUGUAUCUGCAGGAGCUUAAAAAGGAAAACGUUACCGACAUUGUGCGGCUGUGCGAGCCCACCUACUCCAAGGAAAUGUUUGCGUCCAAUGACAUCGAGGUCACGGACAUGUUCAUUCCCGACGGCGGCAUUCCUUCCGCUCAAACCAUCGACACGUUCCUCAACCUGUGCACCAGCAAGUUCGGCGUCCUUGGGGCCGAGAGCGAGCCCGAGGCCGCCAUCGCGGUCCACUGCAUUGCCGGCCUGGGCCGCGCUCCCAUCAUGGUCUGCAUCGCCCUCGUCGAAGGCGGCAUGCCCGCGCUCGAUGCUGUCGCCUACAUCCGCAAGUGCCGCCGCGGCGCCCUCAACGCGGUGCAGAUGGAGUUUAUGGUCGACAAGUACCAGCCCCGCUCCAAGUCCCGCGGACGCUUCUUCCAGCUCUUCAAGCGCGGCUCCUCGCCCACCAGCCAGCGCGGAUCGAGCCCUGACUCGUCGUCCUCGGGCGCCACCAGCCCCCAGUCGUCCUCGCUUGGCAGCGGCCUGAAGCGCUUCUCGGGCUUCCUCAACCGCAACCCCAGCCUUGUCUCCACCGAGGCCCGCUGA